AUGCCAACUUGGAGGGUAGUGGAUGUUUUGCCAGAUUUUGCACUUGUUCCAGGUCAUGCAAUACAAAAGUUUUGGACAUUUUUUACUGCAGGAUUCUUGGAAACUGACCCUAUAUCAUUAACAGGAAGUGUUAUAACAAUGGUAGCAUGUGGAAAAUAUUUAGAAAGAGCUUGGGGAUCAAAGGAUUUUUUGAAAUUUGUCGGAAUAAUUCAUAUUGGCGUUACUUUAGCAACUUUUUUAACAUACUUAUUGGAAUAUACUAUUACUGGCGAUGAAUAUUAUUUGUUAGAAGUACAGGCGAAUGGGAUGGUUGGUGUUAUAUGUGGAUUUUUAGUUGCAUUAAAACAACUUGUGCCUGAACAUUUGGUCCGAACUCCAUUAUCAAUCCGUGUCAAGCAUUUUCCCGCCAUAUUUGUCAUAUUUAGUUUUGCUUAUUUCCUCAUAUUCGAAGCGCAAUCGCAAUUUUUAUUUGUGAUAUAUGGAUGGAUCAUAUCUUGGACAUACAUUAGAUUUUUCAAAAUGCAAGAUGGAUUACGUGGAGAUCGUAGUGAAACUUUUUCAAUCGCUAGUUUUUUUCCAGAAUUCAUGCAACCACCUAUCAAAAUCAUCUCAAAAUUAGUGUUCAAUAUCUUGGUUUUAUUGAGAUGUUGUAAACCGAUAAAAAGACGACGAUUUGGCUUUGAUUUGGAAAAUUCUUUACAUGUUAAUGCAUCUCCUAUGCCAGGAAGUGCGAGGGCUGAGGCCGAAAGACGAAGGGCAUUAGCACUUAAAGCAUUGGACAAACGUCUACAUUCAACAAAUAAUAAACCAAGUUAUGGUCCUACAUUCCCAUUUCCAUUUAUAUUACCAGAUUCAAAACGUUCAACAGGAGAAUCUGCCGCGACUUCAACAAUAAAUAGUAAUUCAAAAACUUCUAAUGACCAUUCAUCCUCGCAUGUGGAAUCUGUAACACCUGGUGUAUCUUCCGAUUCGGUUUUGUUUGAUGCAAAAGAACAUUUGGAUGAGAAAACUUUAUAA